UGUAGCAAAUUUACAGUUUUUUAACGGCAAACAUUGUUUUCAUACAAUGUUUGCUUAAUAGCUUGCAAUCACAAUGUAAUUUUGUGCAUUUGGGUCAGAUAUGGAAGUUGAUAGUGAUGUCUUACUAAAUCAAAUUAGUCUUAAACAUGAGAAUGCAGCAAACAGUAGUUAUGUAACGGUGGACAGCCAAGACGACUUCCGCUUGCGGUUGCGUGCGCUGAUCGUGGCAUUGCUGGGCCUCUCCAUGUCGGCGUGCGCGCUCGCGGCGCAGCCCGUGGAGCUGGAGCUGGACGAUGACGACGUCUUGCAGAGACUCAACAACGUGAGCUUCGCGAGGCGGAUAACAAAGCCAACAAUACGCCUUGUGUUGGGCUAUGGGAAACUAAGCGCUUUGGUCACCGUCAUAAGCUCGCUGUUGUUACUAGUAGCUGUUAUGUCGAAGCAAUCGUGGUGGCGCCGAGGCGCUCGGUGGCUAGCGGCGCCAGCUCUAUUGGUGAUUGCGCUGGAAACUGCGUCGGACGCUGGCGACACCAUGCUGGCCGCAGCCCUACGCGGCGCGGCCGAGCCCGCCAAACUGGCUGGUCAAACCCUGGCUGCCACCAUGCUCAUCACCAUCGAGAUACUCGUCUGGUAUUUCAUCGCCAAAUUCUUCGAACACAACCCUCAGACUGAAAUAAUUGAAUCAGAAAAAAACAUCCCAUUAAAAGCCAUCGAGCUAUAAGCACAAAGACAGUGUCUACUUUUCUUGUAACUAAUUAGUGCUACAGUUUAAAGUAUUGUAGUAAAUAAAAUUGGUAUUCAAAUGACGUGAAACCACGUCGAUAAAACUGCUGAUGACACACGCACUUAGUCGUGCCAAGGUAGGUUGGCAGCAAUUUUGCCUUCUUGCUGGCAGCAAAAUAGCUUCAUCUGUGCGAGGGUUAAGUAAACGUCAUAAUCUCACAGAAGUUUGAAGUUUCAAAUAACAUUUGCACCGGGGGGCUAACAAAAUCAAGCCUAAUAUGAGUCAAAUUAUUUUUAAUGACUUCUAUAAUUACACUAAACGUUUUCUACAUCUCAACGUACGGAGCCUUAUACACAGAAUAACAUUUUUGAUAUCAUCAUAUUAAACUGGAAUGCACCAGCCACCGUGUUUCAAAACAAGUGCAUAAUUAAAAUUGUACAUGACUUAGAAAUAAACCUUGUUUUAUGCUUUUAUUUGUCGUUUCUUUGGUGGCCCAUUUGUUGACAGAGUUGGUCAGACUAUUAGUAAGUAUUUACAUAACGGCUUGGGCCUUCUAUUUUUUAUUGCGAAAUAUUAACAGAAACUAAAACAAUCAUGUUAAGGGUCUAAGGUGCAUUAGGUAGGGUAAUUCCGAAAAAUUCGCAUAAAAAUCACCAUUAGUUCCAUCAUAUCAAGAUUCCCCUUUCGGAAUUACCAGAGCAUUUCUGUCAUUCGGAAUUACCCUAAUACACCUUAUUGAAUAAAGAAAACAUUAUAUACUCCCCAAGAUAAUUUAUUGAUUUAAAUAAACAGUUAUAAAAGUUA